CAUCCAAUUUCCAUACGAAGACAAAUGCUGUACUUGGACAUGUAUUGUAGAAGAUGGAGUUCAAAUAAAAUCAGAAAAUUGUGAAGAAAAUAGUUGCAAUUACUUAUGUGAAACAAAUUAUAAACCAGAUAUAUCUGGCAAUGCAAGCUUGGAAUAUCCUUGUUGUUAUGAUUAUAAAUGUGUAUGCCUUGAAGAUGUUUGCAGCGACCGAGUUUGCCAACCAAAUGAGCAAUUGAAAGUUAUCACACUUGCUGAUGGAAUAAAUCAAUGUUGCAAUACAACAGAGUGUGAAUGCAUUGGUUGCUAUCAUGAAGGAGUAUUUCGUGAGGCAUAUUCAUCAUGGGUAAAAGAUUGUAUUACGUACAAGUGUGCUUAUGUUGAGAACACUGAUUGCUAUGGGGUCGAAAGCUUCCCAGAAGAUUGUGGAGAACCACUGCAGUGCACUGCACCAGAAUUUGAGAAGAGACUAAAUGAAAAAACUGCUGAAUUUUGCUGUCCAUCUUAUUAUUGUGAAUGUGUUGCUGUUGAGUUCAAUGGACAAUGGUAUAAUAUUGGAGAUUCUUUUCCUGACCCUAAUUAUCCUCUUUGUGGCAACUUGAUAUCAGUUAAAAAGCAAGAAGAUGAAUGUCCUGAGAUAAUUAAAGAGCCAAAAACAUGUGACCAAACAACUUGUUCAAGUUGUGAAGACAAGGUCGAAGAUGUGUAUGAUCCUUGCUGUGGUCAAAUGUACAAAUGCGUUCCUAAGGAUUGUCCCGGUGAAGACACAUGUGGUCCAAAUCUUGUCGAAUCAAAAAGUUCAACACUGUGUUGUACAUCUGUGGAAUGUUUGUGCUCUUGCACUGACAUAGGAACUCCUUCAGUUAAGCCUUUCCACUGUAACAACACAUUCGAUAUUGAAGCUAAUUGUGACUACUUGAUUACUAAGUUUUCACAUUUAUCAAACUUCAACAUUAGUGUCAGUGCAGUAUCAUGUUCUGAACUUUAUCCACAUAUGACAUCGCCUCCUGUUUCCUGUGUUAAAGAAAUGAAACUAUACUACAAUGGAGUUUUUUACAAAAUAGAUGCAGAGUACAACAAAGUUUAUGUUGAUAGCUCACAUAUAAUUUCAAAUCACAUUGGUGAAGUUGACAUAACAUUUGCAACAAACAAUGCAAGUGUCUUAAUGUUCAUUGAAGAGCUUGGAUUGCAUGUUUUAUAUUUCCCUGCUAACUUGGGAAAAUUUGACAUAUAUUUGAAACAAUCUAAUAGCACUAUUUCAACUGAAGGAAUUUGUGGAAAUUGCUCUGGUGAAAAUGAAGUUGUAGACUGUCAAGUUGAACCUUCGAAUGUGACUGAGUAUGCAGUUAAUGAAACCUGUGAACCACCUUGUACUGGAGUAGAUAAAUGCAAAAACCCGGAAUGUGCAAAUUCGAGAAACUGUGUUCAGAAUCCAUGUAGACAAUGUGGUGAAUGGGGCUCGAAUCCAUGUGAUGUCUUAUUGGAACCUUUGUUUGCUGAGUGUUUCGAUGAUGUCAAUGAAGAACAUGAAAGGUGCACAUACUCAAUGUGUUUUUUUGAUGAAACAACUGUAUUGGAACAAUGUGAUGUUUGCAAUAAUAUAGAACUCCGAAGGUCUAUUGAUAAAUGUCCAUCAUGCAUCAAUUAUUAUGCAAAACUAGGCUGUGUUAAUGAAACUGCACAAAAUACAAGUUGUCCUGAAAAUCAAGUUAUUCAAGAAUGUGAGGAUUCCUGUAACUUACCAGUGUCAUGCGAUGACUUAACAACACAGAGUUGUGGAGUUUUAUUAGUCACAAGUUGUUCUUGUCCAGAUGGUUAUGUAAAGGAAUCUUCUUCAAGUGAAAAAUGCAUUCCCAAAGAAUGUUGUACCUGCAAUGAGACUCUCUGCCCAGAUAUGCCAGCAAAUUUCGUUCCACAAAUAAUUGGUGUGGAUCAUUGUGGAUGUAACAUAUCAUCUGAUAGUUGUGUAUGUACUGAGGACUGUGCAAAUCCAAACUUUCCAAAUAAAGUCAUGCAUCCAGGAGAAAUUAUUGUGGAUAAUUCAAAUUCAUGCAUUACAUAUCGGUGUCCUCAGGCGACACCAGGAGAGUGUAAUGAGGUUGCAAAAUCAGAGGUAGUAUGCAAUGAUACAACAACAUGUCCCGAUGAAAGAUAUGAACUACGCAUUGAUCCAAAUACAGCAGAAGACUGCUGUCCAAAAUAUGACUGUUUUUGCAUAAAUGUAACAAUCAAUGGACAAUCAUACCAGGUUGGGGAUUCAAUUCCAGAUCCUGAAGAUCCGAUAUGCAGUAAUUUAACUGUAGUCAGAAAAUCCCCAGAGAAAUGUCCUGAAACAAUAACAGAAAAAAAAGACUGUUCCCCUCAUUCUUGCUCCAGUUGUGAAACUGAGAUCUUUGAUAGUUACGAUCAAUGUUGUGGCAACACAUAUAGAUGUGAACCAAAGACUUGUUGCACGUCUGACUGUGUCAACCCUGAAACACAAGCUGCAAUCAAUCCUGGAGAGACUGUGUUAUCAUCCAAUCCAUGUAUAACAUAUUAUUGUCCAGAAGAAGAAUCUGGGAAAUGUGGUCAAGUGACAUUUAAUGACAGGUCUGAUACAUGUGCGUCUCUGGCAUCUCUAGGAUGUGGAGACCAGAAGGUGCCACGAUAUAAUGAAUCUGAUGCAUGCUGUGCUGUAGAAUGUGUGUGUAUACCUCAAAACAGCGAACCAUGUGAAUCACAAUAUCAAAUUAAGGAAAAUACAACAGGAGAAUGUCCAUCUCAAAUAUGCAUAUGCGAUUGUCCUGAUGUUUUCAGUGACUGUGACUCUGUUCCUGGAUGCAAGUCAAACGUUACUUCUUAUUCAGAAGAUGAAUGCAAAUGUCCUACAUCUAUAACAUGCAUUCCAGACACAGAUGUUUGUACCGCUCCUCCAACAUGUGGUUCAUGUCUGUAUGCAAAAGCCAUUGGCAGCGACCAAAAUGACAAUGCUUGUAAUUCAUCAUGUGAUACGUACCAGUGUACUAAAGUGGAGUGUACAGAAAAUACCAAUUUGCCAGAAUCAUGUGGUGAUUACAAAAGAUUUGAGUCGUAUUAUCUUCCAGGUGAUACUGACAAAUGCUGCCCCAUUACAGAAUGCAAUUGCUUGCCCGAGUCUGAGCUGAUGCAUAUUUGUCCACAGUGGAAUAAAACAUGUGGAGAAAACUAUACAAAGACGUUAGUAAGUGAAGAACAUGAUUGUUGCCCAGAAUAUGAAUGCGAGUGUGUACCUGAAAAUUGUCCCCCACCUGUUGUAUGUCCAUGGGGAAGAUUGUGGACGAAUUUACCAACCGUAACAAUUGGUGUACAUGAUGCAGUUUGCUGUAAUACAACUAUUUGCAAUUGUGUCAAUAUCACCUGUUUCCCUCCUCCGUUUGAAUGCCCUGAUUACCAUACUAUACAGAUAGAUAAUACCACCAAUCCAUGCUGUCCAAUAUAUACUUGCGAAUGCGAUGUGGAUACUUUUCCAGCAAAUACAACAAAUCCUAUAUAUAUACCUGACAGUGAAACAAACAUAUGUGAUAAUGUUCCUGGGCAGAAUCCUGUACCAGUUGUUCAUCCAUCGGAGUGUUUCUCAACAUGUGAAUGUCUCCCCUCUGAUGAAGCAAAAGAGAAGUGUCCUGACAACAUAUACAUGGAAGCAGAAUGUGUAUCUCCCAAGUAUUCUGUAGUAGUAGAAAAACCGACCAAUGAUACAAGAUACACAUGCUGUGAGAAGUUGAGUUGUGAAUGCCCACCAUGUGAAGAAGGGUAUAUUACGGAAGAUCAGUGGUUGGCAUCAUUGAGAGAAGAUCAAGACUUACACAUUUCAACCCCAAACCAAGAGUGUUGUCCUCUGUUUACGCCAGUUUGCAAAGACCCUUCAGAACUCACUGACAUGUGCUCACAAUAUAAUGUAUCUUGCCCGCCAAAUUAUGCAAAAAAGAAAAAUGAGACAGAUAUUGACUGUUGUGAAACAUACUACUGUGAGUGUGAAGCUUGUGUAUUCGAAGGGGCUACUUAUUCUCCAGGAGAAAAAUGGUAUGCAUUAGUUGAUGGUGCUUGCACGGCUUUGAUAUGUAGUCAGCAAGUCAGUGGCUGCAGCAUAGACACAGAUACUGCUGAUUGCAGUUUCCUUGCAUCAUCUGGGUAUAUGUCUAUAUCAGUUGAUUCAUAUUCAGAUCAUCCAUUAGAUUCAUGCAAACAGCUCAAAUGUGUCUGGAAUACUGAUAAUGGUGUGUGCUCUUUAGAUCUAUUAACACAAGACAGAGAAUGCCAAAAUGCACCUAAUUGUCCAACGGAUAAAGAGCCACAUGGAACCAAAGACAAUCCAAAUGAUUGCUGUGAAACUUACACUUGUGUCUGUAAGUCAUGUGGAGCAAACUAUACUACAGUAGAGGAGAUAGAAAAGAGCUUAGGACCUGAUCAAAAAAUAGUUCAAACUAUCAACCAAGAAUGUUGUGCUAACUACACAGCUGUAUGUAAAGAUGAAAGUGAUCUGGUCAAUUUGUGCUCUGCUUAUGAUGUUGUGUGUCCAACAAAUUAUAAGAGAAAAAGAAAUGACAGUGAUAUAGGCUGCUGUGAAGCAUAUCAUUGUGAAUGUGAUGUAUCUUCAUGUCCCGAUGUUCCAAAAUGUGACACCCCAAAGAUUUUAUCAUCCUCUUUCCAGGAAGGUCAAUGCUGCUUGGAGUACACUUGCAUUUGUCCAAUAGACCCUAAUGAAAAUAUCACCUGUGAGGCACCUUAUAUCAUUGAAACAGCAAAUAACAAUACAUGUCUUUCAAAAUAUUGUCGAUGCCCAAAUGAAAAUGAGUGUCAAAGAGAAGCGACGGCUGUUUGCCAGUCGACAUCUGGCUGUCGAGCUGUUGUUACCAAAAGAGAUGAAUGUGACUGCGUAAUUGAGAGUGAUUGUAUUGGAGAUCCCACUCCAUGUGAUGAUCCACCCUCCUGUGGAAAUUGCUCUGAUGUCGUCAUUGUUUCAACUUAUACUGUUGUUGGAGACUGUAAUUCAACCUGUAACCAAUAUCAAUGUCAACGCCGAACUUGUCCAAUACAAGCACCUUUGCCACAACUAUGUGCAUGGAAUAACAUUUCUACAUCACUGACUGAAAAUGACUGCUGUUCGGAAGAAUCUGUAAUAUGUGACAGCAAAAACUGUCCUUUCAUGAAAUGUGAUGGAGGAUAUCAUAAGGAAAUUGUGAUGGGUGAAUACAUAGAUGCGGCACAUUCCUGUCCUGAUCUUGACUGCUGCAAAAAAGAAAAAUGUGUAUGUGAUGUAUGCUUUUACAACAAUGUUUCAUACAAUGUUGGAGAUAGAUUCAAUGACACAACCCCAGGUUCUUGUUUGAUUUAUGAAUGCACAGGUAGUCGAGACCAACCAGAUGGGUGUUACAAAAUAAGUACAGAAGCACCAUACUGUUCUUAUACUAGUCCAAGUGGAACAAUUUCAAGGGUUAGUGUUGACGCAUUUUUUGAUGAUCCAGAAGACAAAUGUAAACGCAUCACUUGCAAAGAAAUUAUACAAGAAGAUGAUCAGUGCUUUCAUUAUUUACAUAUUGAACAAGAUCCUUGCAUAUUGGAUAUAACAUGCCCAGAUUUUAUGGAACCAGACAUCAUACAACCAACAGGAGAGGAAUGCUGUGCAACCUACAAAUGUAUAUGUAAAGAUUGUGGCAGUAAUUACACAUCUGGCAUGGAUGUGCAUUUAGAACCAUAUGAAGAACUUGUCUAUGUUCCAAUCGACAUCAACCCUAAUCAGCUUUGCUGUCCAAGAACACAAAAACACUGUGCUAAUGAAACGGUGCUGAUGUCAUAUUGUCCAGAAUGGGAUAAGCAAUGUCCAUCAGCAUAUAUUAGAAAACGGAGGAAUUAUUUUGACUGCUGCCCCACAUUUGACUGCAUUUGUGAUGAGACAAAAUGUGCAGAAGGACGCCCUCAUAUAGCAAUACAUGAUUGUCAAGAAGUGGUUAACAAGACGCUGGAAGAAAAUCCCAAUCAGGAUUGUUGUCCAGAAACAAAAAUUUACUGCAAAGAUCCUGCUAUUUGCUGUGUUAAUAAAACCUGUGGUGAGGAUGAAGUUAUGAAACAAUUAGACUCCCUUGAUCCACUUUCUGGAUACUGUUGUCCUACUCAAGAAUGUGAAUGUGUCGAUUACUGUGGACCAGGAUACAUAACAGAAGAAUACCUUAUUUCUAUUCUUCAAGUGGGCCAAGUUGUUAUGAGUGUAACUCCAGACAAAAAAUGCUGUGGGAAGUAUGAUAUAUUUUGCAAACCAGAUGUUGAACUAGAACAUGAUUGUUCUGUUUAUAACAUAACUUGUCCUGCUGGAGAAAUUCGUUACCCAGAUUCUACCAUUGGUUGUUGCUCCACAUAUACAUGUAUAUGUGAUACAUGUUUAUAUAAUGGGGAAAUACAUGAUUUGGGUGAUAUGUGGGUUGACUCAACCAAACCAUGUUCUGUAUUUGAAUGUACUUCUUAUAGACAGCAAGAUGGAUGUUACUCAGUGGAUGAAACUCCCGGAGAAUGUUCAUACAAUAAUUUCAGUUAUCCUGUUGGAUCUGAAAUUCCAACAAGUGAUCCCUGUCGUACUUUGCGAUGCAAGGAAAAUUCUAUUCUGAAUGGUCAAUGCCUUCAGCAGUUUGUAGAGGAAAUACAGACUUGUAAUACCCUGACCUGUGGACAAUAUGAAGUGAAAAAUGAAACUUAUACGGACGGAAUAUGUUGUCCUCAUCUCGAAUGCAUUUGUGCUUCAUGUGGAGAUGACUACCCUGGUAGUGGGGUUGAUAGAGAAAUUGAAGUAUAUGAGAAAAUUGUCCCAAUGUCAGUCUCUGAAAACCCUGACUUUGUGUGUUGCCCACGGACAAAGAUUGUUUGUCAAGACUACUCUGUACUGAUCAAUGUAUGUCCCCAAUUCGGCAUGACGAAUGAAGACUGUGGCGCAUGGCAACAAUUGAAUCGUACCAAUUCUUUGACUGAGUGUUGUCCUGAAUAUACUUGUGAAUGUCUAGAAUGUCCUUUUUUCAGUCCACUUCGGGAAUUGUAUCAAUGUGAAGAAUAUAUAAAUCAAUCUGAAGUUCUAAACCCAAUAUCACACUGCUGUCCUAGACAAACAAUACAAUGUCAAGCUGAAGAAGCGUGUUGUACGAUUCCGGAGUGUGGAGAAUAUCAAGAAGUAUAUGAUACUGGUGGAAGGGAUCCUAACACCAAUAACUGUUGUCCAAAAUAUGAAUGUCGCUGUAAAACUGCUGAAGCAUUACAGCAUGUUUGUCCCCAUGCCAACUUCACAUGUCCUGAAAACUACAACAAGAUUCCGAACAAUACUUUGACACAGGAUAUAUGUUGUCAAACUUAUGAAUGCCAGUGCUAUGGAUGCUUAGAGAACAAUGUUGUUUACCCGAUCGAUGCUGUUUGGUGUGCAGAUGACAAUCAUUGCCUCGAAAUGAAAUGUGUGGAAAAUAAAACACAUUGCCCAAAUCUUAUAGUUUAUCAAAAGUUUGACUGCAUUGAUAUUGAUCAAGCUGCAUGUCUUGAGGGUGGUGGUGAAGUCAUGCCUAAUAUGACAACUGAAGGAUGCUGCUUUUAUUGUCACACCCCUGGUUCCUGCCAUGCAAUUGAAAAUUAUGAAGAUGUUGUUAUUACCAAUGCAAAUGGAGUAGCCUGCUCUAAGACCGAUGUAAAUAUUCCAAAAUGUGAUGGAACCUGUGCAACACUUUCUGAUUACAACACACUAACGGGAGAUUUUGACACAACAUGUAACUGUUGUAAAUCAACUGCAGUGGAGAGCAGAACUGAAGAUUUGCUCUGCGAUAAUGGAGACAUCGAGCCAUACAAUUACAAUUUUAUUACUUCUUGCGAUUGCCAACAAACUGCUUGUGCCCCAUGAAGGGGAGUGCCAUUUUCGAUUUUUUGCCCUUCGAUGCGUCAAAAGAUGCCAAUAAAAUAACAUAUAGAAAUUUG